AUGCUGAAUCAAACUUCGGUCAGUGAAUUUCUCCUGCUGGGGAUAACAGACAUCCAGGAACCAGAGCCUUUUCUCUUUGUGGUUUUCCUCAUCAUCUACCUUGCCAAUGUUGCUGGGAAUGGAGCCAUCCUUACAGUCGUCAUCUCUGAUCCAAGACUCCACUCGCCCAUGUACUUCUUCCUGGGAAACCUGUCAUGCCUAGAUAUCUGUUACUCUACAGUGACGCUACCCAAGCUGCUGGAGAAUUUCCUCUCUACAUACAGAACCAUUUCUUUCUGGGGAUGCAUAAUCCAGCUUCAUUUCUUCCACUUCCUGGGCAGCACUGAGUCCCUGUUGUUGGCUGUGAUGGCCUUUGACCGCUUCGUGGCUAUCUGCAAGCCCCUCCAUUACACUGUCAUCAUGAAUCAGCAGUUCUGUACCCAGAUGGCUGCCACAGUCUGGAGUAUUGCUUUUUUCCAUGCCCUACUGCACUCCAUUAUGACUUCUCGUUUGGACUUCUGCAGAUCUAACCAAAUCCAUCACUUCUUCUGUGAUAUUAAGCCACUGCUGGACCUGGCCUGUGGGAACACUGAACUCAACCAGUGGCUGCUCAGUAUUGUCACAGGAACCAUUGCCAUGAGCCCUUUCUUUCUGACCCUUCUCUCUUAUUUCUACAUUAUUGUCUAUCUCUUCUUCAAGACUCAUUCUUGGAGAAUGCUUCAUAAAACUCUGUCCACAUGUGCUUCCCACUUCAUGGUAGUUAUUCUUUUCUUUGUACCUGUUCUCUUCACCUACACUAGACCUGCCUCGGGGAGCUCCCUGGACCAGGACCGGAUCAUUGCCAUCAUGUACAGUGUGGUCACCCCUGUACUCAAUCCACUCAUCUAUACUUUGAGAAACAAGGAAGUGAAGAGUGCCUUGAGCAGGGCGAUCAGAAAGAGACUCUGA